CUGCUGAUCAGGGGGUCUCAAUUAAGUGACACAGGGAGCUACACUGUGUGGGUAGAAGCCCGCAAAGGGACCCAGAGAGCAACUGGCUGGCCUGAGAUUCGAGAGUUGGAAGUCCCAGGCAUCUCAGUCAACAUUAGCUCCGUGGCAGAAAACAUGGAUUCCGUGGCUGCUGUCUGCCAUACCAGUGCCACCAACGUCAAGUGGUAUGUGAGUUACACACAGGUGUCCAGCUAUGACCACAUGACAGUCUCCCCAGACAACAAGACACUCAUCAUCCAAAGGAUCAGUAGCUGCAACUCACCACUUCAGUGUGGGAUAGAAAUCCUCCCACAGAUUAUUGAGAGAAGUGAAGUAAUCUUUCCGACAUUGACCUAUGGUCCCCCCAGUGUGCUGAUCAGGAGUAAGCGCCGUAACUUCAAUGGCAUCCUGCCUGCUGAGAUGGGCUCCCAGGUGGAGAUGGAGUGUAUCUCCUAUUCCAGACCAGAAUUCAAGUACCAGUGGAUCCGCAACGGCUUCCUCCUGAACUUCUCAGAAAAAAUUACCUUCCUGAAUCUGAUCUGGGACCACAUGGGCAGAUACAGAUAUCAGGAAGUCCAGCUCCAGGUGCCCUGGCACAGGACUGCUUUUAGCAAAGGUUUCACUAUCUCAGGAUCCUUGCUGGUAUUUCUCAUCAUGGUGACAGCAGUGGGCGGUGUCCUCUUCUGUGCAUUCCUCAUUCAUACCCUGAUCAGACAUUACUCUACCAGGGCAAAUUGGGCUACAUGA